AUGCAACUGAUAGCUUUUACUGCUUUUACUCUUUUACAGCAGCAGCAGCAGCAGCAGCAGCAGCAGCAGCAGCAGCAGCAGCAGCAGCAGCUGCAGCAACAGCUGCAGCAACAGCAGCAACACCAGCAGCCUCAACAGCAGCAUCAACAACAGCAGCAGCAGCAGCAGCAGCACCAGCAGCAGCACCAUCACCAGCACGAGCAGCAGCAGCAACGACAACAACAACAGCAACAACAGCAGCAGCAGCGACUGCAGCAGCAGCAACACCAUCACCAGCACCAGCACCAGCACCAGCAGCAGCAGCAACAGCAGCAACAGCAGCAGCACCACCACCACCACCAUCACCAGCAGCAACAGCACCACCAUCACCAGCAGCAGCACCAGCACCACCACCAUCACCAGCACCAGCAGCAACAGCAGCAGCAGCAACAGCAGCAGCAGCAACAGCAGCAGCAGCAGCAGCAGCAGCACCAGCAGCACAAUCACCCCCACCACCACCACCAUCACCAGCAGCAGCAGCAACAGCACCACCAUCACCACCACCAUCACCAUCACCAGCAGCAGCACCAGCAGCAGCAACAGCAGCAACAGCAGCAACAGCAGCAGCAGCAGCAGCAGCAGCAGACUGACCCGGCUGCAGCAGAUGAUAUGAUGUAG